AUGCCACUGUCGAGCUUCAACACCCAAGCAGCGCUCCAUGCGCAGGUGCCUUGUCCAGAUUUCUUCCGGUGCGCCAGGGCAGCCUUUUCCGCACGUGCUGCCAAAUCUUGGAUGUCUUCGGGCCUGAAGGAAGUGAACAAGCACAUCCACAGCAACCUUAAAGACAGUGCUGGGGACUGCGAGGCAGCACUCGAAGGGAUCCCGUUCGUCACUUUGAACUUUGGAUAUCAGCAGAGCUUUGCAGAGGCGUUCUGGCGCUACCGCUCGAUCAAGGGAGAGGUGAAGUUCGCUAGUCCGCAGUCAGAAGUCUACAGGAGCAGCAAUCCCUGCCACUGCAUGGUAAGGAGCUGCCAGGGGCAUGCACCGCUUGCGCACAUGAAGACGGACAUGGGAGGAGUCGACACAGAUAUUUCCGUUCUGUGGGCUACGGGUCUGACAUCCUUUGAGCUCGUAGAUGCAUUGGUGACGCCGCCAGCUGAAGCUUCUGUGCAAAGCCAGCGGUGGUCUUUGACGUUGACGGCAAUGUUCAGCGACCUGCACCUCUACUUCAAAGUCCUUGUCAACAAUAAGGAGUGGAUGAAUGGCUACAUGUGCUGCGACCAAACCCUGCACUUCACCGUGAAGGCAACCGCCGAAUGUCACAAAGGCAUUGGCUUCAGUGCUGCGCAACUCGAGCUUGUGCACAUGGACAAGAUCAAUUUCGUUCAGAAGACGCAGAUGCAUCUGGAUUCAGGUGCUUAUGCAUCGUUUGAGCUUGACUAUGGCACCUCGGAGACGGUGGAAAAGGUGGUUGCCAACUUCAUGACAUUGAAGGAGGGCGCGCUUCUGAUGAGAAACUCGGAUGGGUCAACAACAGACACGUUGCAGACAAUCAGCGAGGCUCUUUCAGCAGUCAUCGAACUGAAUACUGGAGAGCGGUGUCUGACGCACACAUGA